UCCCCUAUAUUUAGUCCUGAGGUUAAAAAGAAAAUGUAUUGUGUGCUGAUUGUGUGCUGCUAACAGCAACCUGCAACUUCCAAGGUCCUCUGAAUGGUAGCUGCAUCUAGUAUUUGUGUCUUUCUUAAUUCUCCCAUAAGCUCAAACCUCAAAGCUUGGUGAGUAAUCAGCCACUGCUGUUCCACAGCAGGAGUUUAACACAUUUAUGACAUAAGAUCAUUUUUUUUAACAGAUUUGUAUCUUUUUUUUUUUUUUUCUACUUUGACCAUGGUUUUUGGAUAUUUCUCUCUGCAUCCUAAGGAAACAUGAGAUUCUCCGGUAUAAGAUACACCUGAAAAAUAUUUUCUGUAACAUUUUACUAGAUGGAAUCAUGAGACUGAUGGCUGUUCCUGUUUUAACUUUCUUUAUCUACUAUGCCUGUUUGGAAAAGGCAAAAGGACUUUAUAUUUUUGGAUAACAAACAAACCUGGAUUUCCCAUGCUGGUGGGGCUGUUAUUAAUUCUAUCAUCACUGCAUGUUGCCAUGCUCAAAGCUCCCAAGGGUAAAAAUGUGUCCUGGGGUUCGGCGGACUCCUACACCAGCCGUCCAUCCGAUUCAGAUGUCUCUUUGGAGGAAGACCGAGAAGCUGUGCGGAGAGAGGCUGAGCGUCAGGCCCAGGCACAGCUGGAUAAAGCAAAGGUUAAACCUGUUGCAUUUGCUGUUCGGACAAAUGUUGGGUACAGCGCAGCUCAUGAUGACGAGGUUCCUGUUCCAGGCAUGGCCAUUUCAUUUGAGGCUAAAGAUUUUUUGCAUGUCAAAGAAAAAUUUAACAAUGACUGGUGGAUAGGCCGGCUGGUUAAAGAAGGCUGUGAACUUGGAUUUAUCCCUAGUCCUGUGAAACUAGAGAACAUGAGGGUACAACAUGAACAAAAGGCAAAACAAGGAAAGUUCUACACAAGUAAAUCAGGGGGCAACUCUUCCUCCAGUCUGGGUGAUGUGGUACCUAGCUCUAGAAGAUCAACACCACCGUCAUCUGCUAUAGAUUUAGAUGCCGCUGGCUUAGAGGCAGAAGAAAUUGAUAUUCCAGCAAACCAUCGUUCCCCUAAACCCAGUGCAAACAGUGUAACAUCACCCCUCUCCAAAGAGAAACGAAUGCCCUUUUUUAAGAAGACAGAGCACAUCCCUCCAUAUGAUGUAGUGCCUUCUAUGAGACCUGUAGUUUUAGUGGGGCCUUCUUUAAAAGGAUAUGAGGUAACAGAUAUGAUGCAAAAAGCAUUAUUUGAUUUUUUAAAACACAGAUUUGAAGGGCGAAUAUCUAUCACACGAGUCACUGCAGACAUCUCGCUUGCCAAACGUUCAGUGUUAAAUAACCCAAGCAAACACGCGAUAAUAGAGAGAUCGAACACAAGAUCAAGUUUAGCUGAAGUUCAGAGUGAAAUUGAACGCAUCUUUGAAUUAGCAAGAACGUUGCAACUUGUAGUACUUGACGCAGAUACCAUUAACCAUCCAACUCAACUUGGCAAAACCUCCCUUGCUCCCAUUAUAGUGUAUGUAAAGAUUUCCUCUCCUAAGGUUUUACAGCGGUUAAUUAAAUCACGGGGAAAGUCUCAGGCAAAACAUCUUAAUGUCCAAAUGGUUGCUGCUGACAAACUAGCACAGUGUCCUCCCGAAAUGUUUGAUGUUAUCCUAGAUGAGAACCAGCUUGAAGAUGCGUGUGAGCAUCUGGCAGACUACUUAGAAGCCUACUGGAAAUCGACUCAUCCUCCCAGUAGUCACCCCCCUAAUGUACUUCUGUCUCGUUCACUAACAGCUGCAACUCUUCCCAUUACACCUUCCUCUGCCUCUAAUACACAGAGCUCCCAAGGAGACCAGAAAAACGAUCAACCCGCACCUGAACGACCUGGCACAGCUGAAGAAGAUGCAAGUGCCGAACCCACAAGAAAGUCUCAACAUAGAUCUUCCACAUCUGCACAGCACCAUAAUCAUCGGAGUGGAGUUCACAGAGGUCUGUCCAGACAGGAAACAUUUGACUCUGAAACACAAGACAAUAGAGACUCCAAUUACCUUGAACCAAAGGACGAUUACCCUUCAGAACGAAGUGAUCAUAAAGACUCACAUAGGGAUCAUAAUCACAGAGACGAAUCUCAUGCAAGUAGUGAUCACCGACAUAAGGAAACCCGGCAUCGUUCAAAUGAGCAGGACAGAGACCAGGACCACAAUGAAUGCAAUAAACCCCGCAGUCGUCAUAAAUCCAGGGACCGAUAUUGUGAGAAGGAUGGAGAGAUUUCCAGGAAACGCAAUGAUACAGCAGAAUGGAACCGGGAGGUUUACGUCCGUCAGUAACAUAAGCUUCAUUGGCACCAUUAGAUGUGAUUAUUUUUUUUUUAUUCUUGUUAAUGACCACUUUCCAAAUGGUUUGGUUCUAUGUUGCAAAAGAUACAACAUCCUUCUUUAGACCAUUUCUAGAUUGCUGUUUCUUGUAUAGCUACAGCAUAAAACAGAGACUAUAUAUUUAUGUUUUAAUAUUUACAUUUUUCAUGGGGCAGCUGCAAAUCUGUUGCCAGACCUGUCAUUUAGCGACGUUUGUGGCUAUUGUUUGAAUCAUGUCUGUUGCCAUCAAUUUAAUGUUGCUGCUCUUAUAAAGCAAAUGCUGUUUUCUAGGCACGGAACAGUGACAGGACAGAUUUAGGUAGAUAAUUCCAUAGAUUUCUUCCAGGUUUGCUAUUUGUAGUUUUAUUUUUUACUGCAGAAGUGGUGUCUGGCUUCUGGGAAAACAAACAUUCUAUAUCAUGACUUUUUAUAUUUUGAAUUAAUUGCAAUCACCUGGUUUGAAUGUUUAUUUUAAGUCCACAAAUUGUUAUGUUUUCCCUCCUGCUGUCUUUUGAGAACAGAGCUAAAUAUUGCCUUACACUUGAGAGAUCAUAAAGCUAAAACUCAU